CACAAGAUAUCAGGUCUACACGCCAAUAACACUACCACAACACCGCCAUGUCGUUCUCUCUGCUCCCGAUGCGCUUUGCGCGUCCAAUUGCCCGCGGCACUACUCGCUGCAUAUCAUCGUCUUCCCGUAGUCAAUCAAAUGACAUUCUCGACAUUUUGAAGCCGGCGGCACAGAACCAUCCCUCUACUCCCAAACCUCAAGCAUCUGGAUCGAAGCAGACAGCGGCAUUCAAACUCGCAAGGCGGAACUUGGGCCCACGAUCGAACGUCGGACAGGAGAUGGAGAAGUCGGCAAAGGCGGAGACCUACACCAAACAGAUGUUUCGCAAGUGGAAUGCUGGAGACGUAUACUCGCCGCAUGAUUUGUCCGGCGCCGAGCAGAAGAAGUGGAAAAUGGGUCGCCGGACACCACCAAGUGAUGUUUUCGAUACGCUCGGCAUUAAUCCCAUCAACGAGUACAAGAAUUUUACUAUGAUGUCUGAAUACAUGUCUGAAAUGGGACGAAUAAAGCAUUCGAAACUGACCGGAUUGCGUCCCGUCAAUCAGCGUAAAGUGGCAAAGGCCGUCCGAAGAGCCAUUGGGUUGGGAUUGAUGCCCAGCGUUCACAGACAUCCGUUGGUGUUGAAGAAGAGUUCGCCGAGUAGGUUCUUGUAA